GACCAGACUUACAGGGACCUAGUAACGAACAGAAGAUUACUCUCAGAACUAAUUAAGCGCAAACAUGCCAGAACUCGCCAAAGAAAUCACGCAUUUUUCUAUUUGCACGCCAAUAAGGGGGGUAAACUACUGGCACAGAUGCUGAGAGGAGCGCAAGUCCAUGCUCUGGGCACCACCCGAGGUACAACAACCCAAUUCCCAGAAGAUAUUGCGAGCGAAUUUCAACGGUUCUACGCGCAGUUAUACAAUAUCCGCAGGGACGAAGACAAACUAUCCCGAAACACGAGGGAGUUAGACACGACAGACUACUUAGGGGGCUUCAGACCGGAUGCCCUCACAUCGGGGGAAGCAGAAGAACUUGAUACACCG